AUGGAUGAAAACUGGAUGGAAACAAGGGUUUUGUCUCAAGCCUUUUUUCAAGAUAGAUCUAGUAAAAUAAAUGAACGGUUUAAAAACCAUUUGAUACGUUCAUUAGAUGUUUUAGUUUAUUGUCAUAUUGUAUGUAUUUAUUUUAUGGAUAUUAGUUUUUUCCGUCUUUUACUCCGUUCAAUCAUACAAUUGAAUAUAUAUACCCAUAAAAUUGUAUAUAUUUCUGUUAUACCUCGUUUGGUUUUUUUUUACGCAGUAAUUGGAUCAUUUUCCCUAUGUUUAUUAUGUCAUUUGUUAUGGAUGCUUCCAGAUGCAGCAGAAGGUCAAUAUGGAUAUUUACAUGGAGGAAUAUUUAUUGAUUUUGUUGGGGAAGGUCAUCAUUGUAAAUUCAAACCAUGUUUUUUUGAUUUUAUUAUUUUUCUUUUACAACUUUUUAUUUUAAAUAUAAAAGAAAAUUCAUCAGAUAUUAUUUCAGAUGAUUUUACUAUAUUUGAUGAUAAUGGGGCAGAAUAG